GCCCAAGCGAACGGACGCCGCGAUCGCUGGGUUUCGUCGGUUGGUCAGCAGUCUCCAAACUCGGUUCUGUCCUAGGGAACCGUCUCAAUUCACAGCCAAGUGUAGCGAAUAUCUGUGUUUUUGUUAUUGUGCGUGAUUGCUGAAAGCAAAUCAAAACAAAUUGAGCCCUCACCAACCAGUUUGGGCAUUAUAACAACGGAGUUGCAAAAGGUGCGAUCGCAAGUGAGGGGCGGGAUAAUCCCAAUCCCAAGAAAGCCAGAAUAAACACAGUGCGAAAGAGGAAUCCAAGAAAAUUGCUCGAACCCACCAUGAGACGUCGCAAAGUGCUCAUCUGCUGGGCUGCUCUGCAGGCGGGCAGCUCCAUCCUCACUUGCCUGCUCCUCCUCCUGACCACCGGCCAAAAUCCGCAGCAAGUGGCAGCUGGAAUUGUGCCCCCUCCGUGGAGUGAUCCCGCCAAGAAUCCCUGCGCCAGCAUGUCAGGUGGCUGGCAACUGCUCUACUGGGCGCCACUGAAGAAGUGCUUCAAGAUCUUCAGCCUCGGCUAUCCAUGUCCCGAAACCAUGGAGCUGAGUCCCACGGCAGUGAGUGCGAAGCGGAGGGACCUCCCAGCGGCCGAGUGCCGGUGUCCACCGGGAACUGCCCUCAGUCCCCUGACCAACAAUGUCUGCUAUAAGCUGUACGAACGGGGACCCUGUCAGCCCGAGGAGUACUUCCAACCCAUGCCGGAUCAGGUCAAGAGAUCCGGUAAUCGAUGGGGCACAUGCAAGCGACCUCUUAAUUGUCCGGAGGACAUGAUCUUUUGGCCAAAGGACAACAAGUGUUAUGCGCGGCACGCCAAAGGUCCUUGCAGUCGUGGAAAACUCCUAGUCCAAAACGCGGACGGACUGGCCGAGUGUCGGUGCGAGGAUGAGGGCGAAUUGUCCUCGUUUUACUACCCGGCGGAGGAGUCCUGCUACGAGCACUACACCAAAGGACCCUGCUCGACGCCGGGUCACAUCUUCUUGCCCGGCGGUCGAUGCGACUGUCAGCGGCACCUGCCGCACUAUCAUGCUCCGCACCAAAUGUGCUAUGAGCUGGAUACCCCUGGCCCCUGCCCACCUGGACACAUCUUCCGCAUACCCGACGAUGCCCAGGAGACCACUGGCAGCACCCUGCAGCUACUGCCUCGCGCCCAGUGCCAGUGCAAGGAGGGCUAUGUGCCCUGGAGCGAUGGCAUCUGCUAUCGCCUGUACACAAGGGGUCCCUGUGGCACCAACGAGUUCUUGGUCAAUGGAACCAGUUGUGUGCGCAACUUCUGCGGCAAGAACCGCUUGUACUUCCCCGCGGAGGACUCCUGCUACAGGAUUGGAUCUCAAGGCCCCUGUGCCCUGCAUCAGGUGGUGAUCUUUGACUUCACCGCCAGGCCAUCCAUCGAUGGCAUCUCUUACAACGGAAUGUGCGGUUGUUCCGGGGUCCUCACCAACCUGGAUCAACAGUGCUCGGGAGAAGGAGCGGACAAGGAGCAGAAUAUAUGUGAAUCCACGCCCGGAAUGGUGGAGAUCAAUGGGCAGUGCCACAAGUUGUACAGCCGAGGACCUUGCGGAGCGGGUCAGUGGUUGGAGCCCCUGAAAACCCAAACAACGAAUGGCACCUCAAUCUUGGCCCAUGCCAGCCGGGCCAAGUGCGUCUGCCGGCCGGGUUACACGCCCUCGGAGGCGGAUCAACGCGGCAUGAGCAACUGCAGCGCUCCGAGUGUCAGCCUGGCGAGGUAUUUAACCAACGAGCGACUCAACUCGAAGUUCCUCAAUGAUCUGCACCUUGGUGGGGCCACCUAAAAUCCCCGAUCUUCAAGCUAUCCUCUGUCUGGUUGUGAUGACUCCUCCUUCUACGCAUGCCCACCUUUUCCACUCUAUAUUCUACCCCCUUUUUCAUGUGUUGUUUUUUUGUGUUGCAUGCUGAGUGUUAUUUGAUCGAUUCGAUCACUUGUUAUUCAAUUAACCAUUUUGUUCUCUUUUAGGUGGUUUUUAGAAAUAUUCGGUUAACGUGUUCGAUAGAAAGAGAUUGUGCCAUGAAUGUAUUACAUCGACUAAUGUACGAGCUGUAUUUAAGGGAACUCCCGAUAA